AUGACAUCAAACAACACUACUACAACUACUCUUGUCGUUGGAGCCACCGGCGCCACAGGAAAAUGGUUGGUGAAGCUCUUGUUGGAUCAAGGCCACCAUGUCCGAGUAAUUGCCCGCUCCAAGGAUCGCAUGGUGAGCGUCCUCCAAGAACUGGACACAGAAGACCAAAAGACAUCCACUGACAAUCUCACUAUCAAAGAAGCUGCCGUGCUGGAUCUUUCUGAUGCGGAACUCCAAGAACAGGUCAAUGGCUGCAAUGCUGUCGUCUCUUGCUUGGGCCACACCAUGGACUUCAAGGGUAUGUAUGGCCAUCCACGCAAAUUGGUCACAGAGGUGGUGCGUCGUUUGACCGACGCCAUCAAAGUCACAGCGCCCACUGCCAAGUUUAUUCUCAUGGGAACCGAUGCAGUGGCAAAUCCCAACGGACAAGAUGAUAAGCGAACCUUUGCCGAACGAUCCAUCAUUUUCCUAUUGAGGCAUCUGCUUCCUCCCCAUGCCGACAAUGAAGCAGCGGCUGCCUAUCUUCACAAUACUCUCGGAACCAACAGUGGUGUCGAAUGGAGUGUGGUUCGUCCUACGGAUCUCAUUAAUGGAUCGCCCACUGAAAAAUACCAGCUCUUCGACAAGCCACAGGGGGGAUUGAUUGGAUCGGGCGUCACUACACGCGCUAACGUCGCGCAUUGCAUGACAGAAUUCAUCACCAACAACGAAAAAUGGAGCGAAUACAAGUUCAAAAUGCCCGUCAUUCUGGAUAACGUGACAGCAGAGACAAAUUAA